AUGGAAACGGAGGAAGAGGGCAUUACUUCUGACCAGGAGAAAUCUUUAGAAGCUGAAACAGCAGAUCAAUCAGAAAAUCUUGAAGAAACUAUGAGUAAAGAAGAGGUUGAAAGUUCUUCAGAAUCGGAGAGUUCUGAAGCCGAAAUGGAAAAUUUAGAAGAUGUCCAAAGACUCAUUGUGAAGGAGUCUUCGGAGGAAAUAAAAAGCAAAGAUUUUGUAGCAGAAGUUCCCGAAAAGAAACCCGAAGCAGAUUUGGAGCAAAAAGAUGACAAAUCGACCCCGAUCAAGGCAGAAGAUGACCAAGGUGUGGAUGUGAUAGUAGUAAAAGAUAAAGAUGAAAUGUUAACCGCUGAAGACGAAGAGCUGAAAAAGGAAGAAGAGCGCCGCGAAAAGAUGAAGGUUCUUCUUACAGGCUAUCUUGAGUUGAAGACUAAGAAAGAAAUCGAAAAAGCCAUGCUGAACGAAAAGAAAAUACUUUCACAAUGGCUUUACCCAUUUCGUGCUGCAUACCAGAAAGAAUGGGAGUUGGAGAUGAAAAAGUUGAAGUUGGGAUUCCAAAAAGCACUUGAUUAUAAGAAAUCUCAUAUCCAUGCCAUACAAAGAGAAAGGAAACUUGUAGAACUGAAUCAUCUUUGGGCUGACAGUGCUUAUUAUAGGAUGUCUGAAGAGCUGUUUGAUUUUAUGCGGUUGAGGUGCGAGAAAUUGAAAAAUCAUUAUUUAGAUGAACUAGAAGAGACAAAGAGGUAUUAUUUGGAAAGGGAAAAAGAAAUCAUCGACAAGUGUACAAAAGUUGAAGAAAGAGCCAAAGUUCUCGCAUUCUUGAGGAAGUCAGUAAGAGAUAAAACUCUGCAGAAAACUCACGAGACUUUGGAGAAUUUCAAGGCGGAAGGUGAGUUUUUCCGAGCCAAAGAAAUGGAAAUCAUCAAAGAAAAGCACACGACUUACGUCGAAAUGAUUGCUCAAGAGCUCCAGACUUCAAUAUCUCCGCCAGAACAUAAGAUGGAAGAGAUAAGGGCCUUAUUUGAAGAAUGGAAAAGGAAAUAUGACAGCUUUCUUGAGGUCAGUGACAAGAAUAGAAAAGAACUCGAGCAACUUGGCGAAGAAUUACCAAGCUUGGAGCUCAAAGUUUCUAAGGCUAAAACGAAACUUGAAGAAUUGCGAACUGAAAAUAAGAGGAUUAAGAGAAAAGAAACUGACGAAAUCCUCCACUUCCAGAAACUUUCUAAGAAAUAUGAAUCUAUGCAACCAGCUCUCAGAAAAAUGAUAACUGCUAGCGAAGAGGUCAUGGUGAAGCUGAGAGAGCGCAAGGCUAAACUGGAUAAAAUCAUGAAAUUAAAGAAGUUUUGUGACCAGCUUGAGAACGAAGGUGAUAAAAUUCAAUGGCAGAACAAUUUCCUCGAUGAAGAAGAAUUGAAGCAAAUAACUGAAAACGAUUGUUUGCCAUUGGUAAGAGAAUUGUGCAGUGACGAUGUGGAAGAUCAUAAUUUACUUGAAAAUUUACAUCGUAAAUUAAGUCGUGUGAAACUUCAAAAUAAAUUUCUCCAACACGAUAUAGAAAAUCUUAGAGUCGAAAAUAUGGCUUUAAGAAGUGAUAUGAAGAAAUAUCUUCAUUUGAUAGUAUCUGGAGAAUGGCAACGAAUACCAGAUAGAGAUUUUCAGUCGAUGUAUGAAAUCGAAUCAUCUCCUGAAGCUCAAAUCAGAAGUUCUAAAGGAAAACAAUCUGGGGAAGACGAUGCAAAAAAUUUGUAUUUAAAACUGCUGGAUAAUGAAUAUGGAGCAAUGAAUAAGAAAAUAGCAAAACGAGCAGAAAAUAUGUGA